AUGCAUGGACUGUUGCUGUCACUUCUGGCCGGCACUGCGCUGGCCAAAACUGCCAUUGAGGACUAUGAUGUACUUCAGUAUAUCGACCCACUGAUUGGAAGCUCCAAUGGCGGCAAUGUCUUUCCCGGCGCCGCACUGCCCUAUGGCAUGGCUAAAGCCGUCGCCGACACCAACUCGGAGAGCAACCAGGGCGGUUUUGCCUACGAUGGCAGCAAUGUCACUGGUUUUUCGUCUAUGCACGACUCCGGGACUGGAGGCUCCCCAUCGCUGGGCAAUUUCCCUCUCUUUCCCUACAAAGCCUGCGCCGGCGAUACCGUGGAUGGUUGCGUCUUCCCCAAGGUCUCUCGCGCAACGCCCUACAUCAACGGCUCCGUGAAGGCCAGUCCCGGCUACUUUGGAAUCACGCUGGCGUCUGGUGUUCAAGUGGAUAUGACUGUCUCUCACCAUGCAUCUCUGUUCCGCUUCCAAUUCCCGCCACAGAGCAGUCCACUGAUUUUGCUGGAUCUCUCGGAUCUGUCCGACUCUCGCCAGGACAAUGCGAGCAUCUCCGUCAACACAGAGCUUGGUCGUAUGACCGGUACCGCUCCUUUCUUGCCCAGUUUCGGUAGCGGCGAGUAUACACUGCAUUUUUGUGCAGACUUCAAGACCCCUGGAGCGACCCAGAACGAAGGUAUUCGAGAUGGCGGCAUCUUUGUUGAUGCUCGUGCGAGUACCGAUGUCCAUGACCUGAAGAUCUCCCGCAGUAUCAACGGCUACCCGCUUCCAGGAGGUGGAUUCUUCCGGUUCAAUACCCCACCUGAUGGGACAGUCGAGGCCCGCGUCGGAGUCAGCUUUAUCAGCCCAAUGCAGGCGUGCAUUAAUGCUGAGAAUGAAAUUAAGCCCGGGAAAUGGGACUUUGACUUUGAGGCUACGCGCCAGACGGCCGUGCAGCAGUGGACCGAAAAAAUGGCUCCAAUCCGCGUGUCGCGCAGCGGUGUCCAGCAGUCUGUUCUCACCAAUUUCUACAGCGGCAUCUACCGCACGAUGAUGAAUCCGCAGAACUACACGGGUGAAAACCCGCUCUGGACGAGCACGGAGCCGUACUUUGAUUCUUUCUACUGUCUCUGGGACUCUUUCCGUUCCCAGAUCCCAUUCCUUACCCUCAUCGACCCUAGCUCGGUGGCGCAGAUGGUACGCUCGUUGAUUGAUACUCAGCGUCAUCUUGGCUGGUUGCCGGAUUGCCGCAUGUCGCUCUGCAAAGGAUACACGCAAGGCGGGUCAAACGCGGACAACAUUCUUGUCGAUGCGUACGUCAAGGGAUUGACGGACGGCAUUGACUGGGAGGCCGGCUAUGCCGCUGUCCAAAAGGACGCCGAGGUAGAACCGUAUGACUGGUCCAAUGAAGGCCGCGGCGGCCUUCAGAGCUGGAAAAGGCUACAGUACAUCCCCGUCGAGGAUUUUGAUCACGAGGGCUUUGGUACCAUGACUCGCAGCAUCUCACGCACGCUCGAGUACUCGUACAAUGACUUUGCCAUUUCGCAAAUGGCUCUUGGCAUGAAGAAGACGGCUGAUGCAGAGAAAUACCAGAAGUCCUCUGGAGCCUGGAAGAAUCUCUUCAAGGCGGACCAGACCUCGUACAUGAAUAGCACCGACACGGGCUUCAAGGGCUUCUUCCAGCCUAAGUACCUGAAUCAAACGUGGGGAUACCAGGAUCCCCUGAAAUGCUCCAAUCUCGACACCAGUGGAAGCGUUUGCUCGCUGCAGAACAACGCAGCCGAGACCUUUGAGUCUAGCAUCUGGGAGUAUCAAUUCUUCGUUCCCCAUGACAUGGCUGCCCUCAUCCCUCUCCUGGGCGGCCCCAACGGCUUCGUCAAGCGCCUCGACUAUCUCCACGACAAGAAAAUCACUUACAUUGGCAACGAGCCAGCUUUCCUAACAGUUUACCAAUACCACUAUGCCGGACGCCCAGCCAAGUCCACCGCUCGCGUGCGCACCUACAUCCCUGACUACUUCUCGCCGACGCCCGCUGGCCUCCCCGGAAACGACGACUCUGGCGCCAUGGGCUCCUUCGUCGCCAUGUCGAUGAUGGGCAUGUUCCCGAAUCCCGGCCAGAGCGUGUACCUGAUCACCGUGCCCUUCUUCCAAGCCGUGAGCAUCACCAACCCACUCACAGGCAAGGAAGCCACCAUCCGCGUAGCCAACUUCGACAAGUUCAACUCGCUGAACAACACCGGCGGCGCGGGCUUCAUCCAGUCCGCCACCAUGGACGGCAAGCCCUACACCAAAAACUGGGUCUCCCACGACUUCUUCACAGAGGGCCAUGACCUGGUUCUCGUCCUGGGUCGCAAUGAAAGUACCUGGGGUACCGGCGCCCAGGAUAUCCCGCCUUCCCUGUCUGAUUCGUCGUCGGGGACUAUGGGCGCUCGUUCUCUGGACGAUACCUUCGAUGACUUUGGUUUCAGCGAUGCUGUCGUUGGUAGGAGACAUGCUCAUCUUGGUGCGCAUGCUCGUAUGGCUCGCGAUGGGAGCCACUUCCGGGGGGUUUAA